UUCGCUUUUUAACGUCAAGUGAAUAGAAUUUUUAUAUUUUUAUCCUUAAAACUUACAAUUUCCUACUGUAACAAUUAGACGAAACAUGUAAUUUUGUGACUUGUAAAAUUAUUUUUUCUAUAUACUUAGGUACAUCUCUGUACGGUCAAUUUGAUUUAAAUUAUGAAUGUUAGGUUAUGAACAGAACGUUACAGGAAUUCAGGAUGAAAUAUUUUUCUUAUUAAAUUAGGUGUAUGUGUACAAUAAAAGAAGCCGCAUCGUUAAAACACAAUGGAUUUCGUGAAGAGAGAAGACCAACAUGUCCUGGACGAAGAAAAUAGGGCUUUCAAGUACGCGGAUAUCCUACAAAAGCCAUUUCAAAUGGAAGCACCAGACCAGCACACACCAAUAUCCAUGGAACAGCUACAUCAGGUCAUGCAAACAUCCCUAAACAACUCCUUAGUUCACAACUUCCAACUGCCAUUAUCGCCUCGUCAGAUGUCCACACUGAUGCUGAAGACUAAUCACUUGAGUAGAAGUCUAAAUUUCAAUGAAAUACCAGGGUACUUACAACGGAACUUUUCAGAUGCAGAUCUCGUUCACAACUUAGCCAAUGAGCUACCACAGAACUUAAGACAUGAAGAUUUGAUUAUCAAUAGAAACUUGGAUAUACAAUUGGCAAGGAAUUUGUCAAAUGAAUUGGAACUACAGAAUGGUUUGGCCCAAACAUUGGCGCAGCAAUUAAAUGAGCAGGACUUAAGAAUUGGUGAUGUUCUACCACAGAAUAUGAGGCAUGAAGUAUCUCAUGAUUUGAAUCAUGAAUUAGAUCUCUCGCAUCAUUUGAAUAGAAAUAUUGAUCAAGACAUUUUGGCUCAUGAAUCGAGAAGAAUGUCCAUGGUGCAGUGUGCUCAAGACAAUCAUUUAUUGGAGCAAAAUUUCUCACAUGCGUUGGAGCAAAAUUUGGCCCAAAGAUUGGAUCAAAAUUUAGCUCAACGAUUGGAUCAAAAUCUGGUCCAACGAUUGGACCAAAGUUUAGUACAGAGGUUGGACCAAGCGAUAGCCCAAAGAAUGGGUCAAAGACUGGUCGCUACGAAUAUGAACGGUCAUGAGAGUCAAAGGUUAGAAGGUGACCAUUUAUUACCGAUGCCAUUCCAUAUAAAAUCUGAACAGGACGAUGACAGUUAUUUCUAUGAUAAUAUGAGUCAAGGGAUGCCAAAUGUAAAUGGAUUGAAUGGCCAAGUACACUCAGAGACAGCCCAGGGAAGUCAGGCUGUGCACCAAGAUAGUCAAAUAUACGCAGUUUACAAUAACCAAAUACAAAAUGUACCUGCUAACAACCCUAUAGAUUUAUAUUCCCGUCCCCAAAAUUACGCACAAAACUAUAUAUCAAACGUAACCAGAGACAAUCCCCAAAAUCUAGUCAUCCAUAGACAAUUCGAGAACGCCAGCCCGUACGCGGAGGAGUUGAAAAAACCGCGUCCAACUGAAAAUGGCGGGAAAGAUGACAGCACGAAAACAGAAGAGCCAAAGGAAAAUUUGAAGCCCACAGACCAAAAUAAAAUAUAUUAUGCAGAGUACAAUCCUAAUGUCCAAUACACGGAUAGCAUCGAAAAGAAUGAGAACGAUUCGAGCGCUCAAAACAAAUUGUCUACGGAAGAUUUGUCUAUGGAUAUUAUUAAGGGUGAGUACAUAUGUUACAAAUGUAACGUUAUAUUUUCGUCUAAACGGCUUUUGAGACAGCAUUCGAAAACAUGUUUAGAGGAUAGUGAACAGAGCGAGAAAUUAGGUAAAUUCGGCUGUUCACAAUGCUCCUACAGAUGUCAGUCACCCGCCAUUUUGAAAAUUCACGAACGCACCCACACAGGCGAGAAGCCAUUUUCGUGUAACUUUUGUGAUUACAAGUCAGGCCAAAAGAAUAACGUAGCUAAACAUAUAUUAGUACAUAUGAAGGAGAAACCUUUCCGGUGUCAGUACUGUAACUAUCGCUGCGCACAAAAAAACAAUUUAGUUGUACACGAACGGACACAUACCGGAUAUAAACCUUUCGGGUGCCCGUACUGCGAUUAUAGAACGGUGCAGAAGCCCAAUUUAGUCAAACACAUGUACCUCCACACGGACCAGAAGCCGUUCAGUUGCGAUUUAUGUAGUUACCGUUGCGUUCAAAAGACCAAUUUAACGAAACACAAACAGAGACAUCUGAAUGAGAAAGAUGGUGACAAAGUAGAUAUAAAAAGUCAAGUGAAACCGUAUCGGCCGAGGCAGAAAUCCGUGAAAUGUCCGCAUUGUCCGUACAGAUGCGUCCAAAAAGCGAGUUUAGAGAAGCAUAUAAUUUUUAAGCACUCCGAAGCUCCUCUAGAGCAGGACACUCAAGAUGAAGGUUUGAAUUUGAUGAAAAACACCAAUGAGAAUGAAGCCAUACAGAAUUUGAGCGUGAGGAAAGAUGAGCAAGUUGAUAACACGUGUUACAACGGCUUCCUUGAUGUUAUGAAGAAGAAUGAGUUAGUCGGAAUGGGGAAGAAUGAGUUGAUCGGAGUGGGGAAGAAUUUAUAAGCGCUUGUUUUCGGUGGAAAUUGUAUAUAGUCUUGUUAUAUUGGUUUUAGCUUAAUAUUGUUUUAAUUCCGAAUGGAUUCCAAUUAGUAAUAUUAAGUAAUCGAAUAAUGUUAAUGAAUUAUGCAUAAGUAUAAUAUAUGCAAUGAAAUAAGCAUGCGUGUGGUCUGGAAUUACUUAAUUUGAAAUGAAGAGAUUUGAUAUAUAUUUUGUUCCAUAAAGAAAAAACAAUCUUGAGACAUAGCAUGGGACAACGAGAGUAAAUUGCAAAAACAAGUAUAAAAAGAAUUGCAAAAUUAACAGAAAAAAGACUAUCGAAUUUAGAACAUCCCGCUUUUUUAAGUUGGUUGAGAAGUUAUUAUGCCUUAACACUUUUCGUUAUUUUUUUACAUGGAUUUGUGACAUGGAUCUUAAGGACUUCUCAAACUGUACUUAUUUAGACAAAUUGUUAUUCUGAAGAAAUAUGAUCGAUGUUUGAUAUAUUCUUAAAAUAAUUGUCUAUAAAUAAUACACGAAAAUUUUCUUUACCCAUAUAAUUUUCUUGUAUUAUUUGUCGAAAUCAUGCAACAAAGUGCAUAUUAAAGCAGUUUAAAAGUUACUAGGCAAUAUGACACAUUUGUUAAAUAAAGGGCUAACUAUAGCUUAACAAAAAUGAUUUUUAAACAGUUGACAUUAAAAUCUUUAAAUUGUCUUUGAAAGCAUAGAUAAUGAUUGGUGCAUUGCGUAUCUGUGA